AUGACACACCGCCGAAACCUUCUGGCCCUUCGUCAAAAUGUCUUUCGGAAAGCUCUUCACUUUCCCCGAGAACCCCGCACCACCGGCAUCCUCGCCGUUGCGAAGGCCAACGGUCUCGACCUCGAGGUUGUCGAGGCCGAGGCUGGCAAUGCCACCGCUGAGCACAAGAAGGCCAGCCCCCUUGGCAAGGUUCCCGCCUUCCUUGGCAAGGAUGGCUUUGCUCUCUCCGAGUGCGUUGCCGUCGCUAUCUACAUCACCUCCCAAAACGAGAAGACCACUCUUCUUGGAAAGACCAAGCAAGACUAUGCCUCUAUCCUUAAGUGGUUGACCUUCUUCAACAUGGAGGAGCCUUACAACAAGAAGUCUGUCGAGGAGUCUUCCAAGAAGGCUCUCGCCGCCAUCUCUGUUGUUGAGCAGCACCUCCUCCACAACACCUACCUUGUUGGCGAGCGCAUCACCCUCGCCGACUUCUUCUCUGCCGGUCUCAUCUCUCGCGGCUUCCAGUUCUUCUUCGACAAGGCGUGGCGCGAGCAGUACCCUGCCGUGAGCCGCUGGUUCACCACGAUCGCUGCUCAGCCCGUUUUCGACGCUGUCAGGGUCAAGUUUGACCUUCUCGAUACCCCCGCUCUCACCAACACCGCCCCUAAGGCUGCCCCCAAGGAGGCUAAGCCCGCUAAGGCUCCCAAGGCUGCCGCCGCCAAGCCCGCUGCCGAGGAGGAGGAUGAUACUCCCAAGGAGGCUCCUAAGCCCAAGCACCCUUGCGAGGCCCUUGGCAAGCCCACCGUCCCUCUCGACGAGUGGAAGCGCCAGUACUCCAACAAGGAUACCCCCGAGGCCCUCAAGUGGUUCUGGGAGAACAUCUCCUUCGAGGAGUACUCGAUCUGGAAGGUCAAGUACAAGUACAACGAUGAGCUCACCCUCACCUUCAUGUCCAACAACCUCAUUGGCGGCUUCAACGCCCGUCUUGAGGGCUCUCGCAAGUACCUCUUCGGCAGCGCGUCCGUCUAUGGUGUCAACAACGACUCCAUCAUCCAGGGUGCCUUCCUCAUCCGCGGCCAGGAGUUCCUUCCUGUCUUCGACGUUGCUCCCGACUACGAGAGCUACGAGUUCACCAAGCUCGACCCUACCAACGAGGAGGACCGCAAGUACGUUGAGGCUGAGUGGUCCUGGGACCGCGCCCUUGAGGUUGAGGGCAAGGCCUACCCCCACGCCGACGGCAAGGUCUUCAAAUAA